AUGUUCUCUCAUUCUUCUGCCACAAAGCAAGAGAGUGAAAGGGCCAUUAAUUCAGCUGGCUCUAGGUGGCAAUCCACCACUUCUUCAGCUGAAGAUGCACUCACUAGAACGGCUGCAGUUGUUGAUAUUGCUGAUGAAAAGAACAGACUGGGUGCAGAAACAACAUCAGAGGCAUUAAACAUCGAGGCCGAUAGUCAAGUAUCCCGUGUUAUUCACCUGCUUUUACCCAUCGAACAAUCGGACUCUUCACCUUCCAGCAUCUUUCCAACUUUACCAAAGCCAUCGACUCCCGAUUCUUCAUUGGAACUUCCAGUGGCUCAAAUGCAAUCGGCUCAUCUGCUUGAUAAUCUUCCAUUAACAGAUUCACAAUUGGCACAUUCAGAGGGCUGUUCUUUACCCACUCCGGCUCCGACUCUUACGUCAGCAUCUUCAUUGCUAGCUUUGCCAGAUAUCCCUGAGGUGGUUUUGGAGUCAGCUGAGUCUGGAAGCCAAAUCGGAUCCACACGACCACGGCGCUUUAACUUGAGUGCUCCGAUGAGCCAAGUUAAGCCAGAGAAGGCGGUCGAGAGUAUAGAUAUCGGUGCGAUUUGCCUUUUUUUCGUUGAGGAUCAACACUCCCAGCUUGCUAUCUCGAGAGCCUCGACAUCGUCGAUCCUGACACCUCAUCUUAAUCAUCAUGCUCUCGGCCAAUUUGUUGACCAAUCCUCCUUAUCCGCAUCUUCCUCAUCAAACUCAGACAGUCUCGUUACUUCUUCACCAACUUUAAGCUCAAAUGCGGAACCUAACCCGGCUUUGGGGGAUCCGGCCCAACAGUCAAGACAGCAGCAGUUAUUGCUCAGCCGACCUAGCAAUUCAUUUGUACUUCUCCUUGCUCAACACCCUUUGACUACUAAAACACGAUCGUCCCCUGUUUUUGGCCCGUUGGCCGCCGCCGGUGUUGUUAAUGUGUCAUCGAGGGAAGGUUCCCCAACAAUAGUAAGCAUAGUACUAAUUUGGAUCAUUCAAGUCACCAUUAAAACAAUCAGUCAUAGGUAG